GGGCCCGUUUUCUUUUGGAAGAGUGGACAGGGUGGCUAUGAAAUCUGGCGCUGGCCCCGUGUCUCCGGAGUGAUCUCCGACUGGACGGGCAGGAAGUGGGCUUCCAGAUGCUGGGUAUCCCGGGUUGAAUCUGCUUAUUUUGGGAAGGGCGGUGGCCAUCCCAUUACUCAGCGCACUCGUUCUCCUAGUUCCCUCCCCCUCAACGAGUAAACAAACACCAGCGCGUGACUCCACAGACUCGAAAACAGUUUCACCUACUCAUCUCUUUCCAUAAACUUCUUUCCAGUCUUCGCGUGUCAAGAGUUCUUUACUCUCCCCUCCUCAAAUGUGAGAUGGGAGGCGGGAGGAGCCAGAGGCUGGGCCAAGCGGGCGGCAGGAAGUGCCAGGCGCUGACUCGCCGGCUACACCCCCGCGGCUUGUAAACGCUGGGUAGAUGCAGCGCGGGCAGAACUUGAGCCUGGCAGUCCGGCUCCUCUCUACUCUGCAAGCUGAGCUGAGCGCCACACCGACGUCCGACGCCUCAGGCCUCCUACCCCGCGCUGCGCCCAGGGCGGAACAGGAAGAAGCACCCGCCUGCCGGGCCCCGCCUGUCGCCGCCAGCGCGAGGGGAGGGGGCUGCGAGGGCGGCGGCCCGCUGCGGGGAGGCCGGCGGGCAGGAGGACAGGCGGGCGAGGACGGCUUUGAGGCCCACUUACAACUGGUUCCCUUUCCUUCACCUUCGCAGGGCCGCAGCUGGCGGCGCUAUGGACGUGGCCGGACUCCUACUGGACGAAGAAGUCACCUUCUCUCUCACCGGUUUCCAGGACUUCACGUUCCUCCCAGGACACCAGAAGCUAAGUGCCCGGAUUCGCAGGAGACUCUACUAUGGCUGGGACUGGGAAGCCGACUGUAGCCUGGAGGAACUCUCCAGCCCAGUGGCAGACAUUGCUGUGGAACUGCUCCAGAAGGCAGCCCCCAGCCCUAUUCGCCGACUCCAGAAGAAAUAUGUAGCGCAUGUGUCCCGGGAGGCAUGCAUCUCCCCCUGUGCUAUGAUGCUGGCUUUGGUGUACAUUGAACGGCUCCGGCAUCGAAACCCAGACUACCUGCAGCAUGUGUCAUCCUCUGACUUGUUCCUGAUCUCAAUGAUGGUGGCCAGUAAGUACCUCUAUGAUGAAGGGGAGGAGGAGGAGGUCUUCAAUGACGAAUGGGGAGCUGCUGGGGGUAUGGCUGUACCCUCUCUUAAUGCCUUGGAGAGGGGCUUCCUGAGUGCCAUGGAUUGGCGUCUCUACACUGACCCUCGGGAGAUCUUUGAGGUGCUCAGCUGGCUAGAGAGCUGUGUGGCUGAGCAGCAGGGACGGCGGCGGGGCUGGUACACCUACACAGACCUGUGUGUGCUGCUGGAGCAACCAACCUGGCAGCUGGCCCUGGGCUCCCUCUGUCAGCGGUUGGUAAAGCUGUCUUGCCUGUUAGCCGUGGCAUAUGUGAGCAGUGUGGCCCUGGCUGUGGCAUCAGUGGCUGUAAUACACCAGUCCUUGGGGCUGUCAUGUAGCCCUCCACCUGGUCCCCCUGACCUUGGACUGACUUCCUGGUGCCUCUUGGAACCCUGCGUACCUUCUGUACCACAGUGCCUGCUGUCUUCUGCUAAUAUCUCCAGCUGCCCAGAAGGCAACAUAGGGCUGCAUUCACUCUGGGGCAGUCUUCUGGCCUCACUGACUCCCCCUCCAUUGCCUCCCCCAGAACCUCCUGCCCCUUCCAUUCUUCUCCAUAACUGUCCCCUUUGUCAGAAGCUCCAGAGAGAUUCCCCGACCUGCCAUGCCUGCCACCACCCCAAUCAUACAGUCCCCACUGCGCCUCCCAGUCCCUGGUACCACACCCAUGGCCUGACUGCACCCUGGCCCUGGAGCCCAGGGCUUCCACCCCUACCCCAGCCCGAGCAAUGUUCCCUUUUCAGUGUCAUGGAGCUGGCACGCCUCAAGUCUUUUAUUUUCCCAGGCUAGGUAGGGCUCUGAGGAAUGCAUUAAGAGGAUUUGGGAGUCCCUGAGAACCUGGAGGAGCAAAGCUUGGUUUAGAUCCUCUACCUCUCUGGGUCCUUGGAGGGUUCCCCUGUCCUGGGUAGAAGCUUAAGGGGUGGUGGGGCAGAAGGACUGAAGGUCAUUCACUCUCCUAGACCUCAGUGACUGGCUGCUUGCCCAGGACUGUUGAUGGUGCCAGGGAAAACUUGCGCCCAGUGACCAGGUGUAUGUUAUGAUGGACAUAGGAGAAGCCCAUCUCUUUGCCUCUCUUGGGCUCUUCUAGACUUUUGCUUUUGAGUUCAGUUGGGAGAUGCAGGAAGUAAGGUCAGGGGAGGAAGGAAAUAAUUGACAUGGCCUGUGUGAUGUCCCUGGGGCAAGAAAGCCAGGGACUGACAGGGUCAAGUGGGAGCUACUGAAGGAAGGCCGAGUGAGAUGGGAAACUCUCUGUUCCCAUCCCUUAGAUGUAGUCUAAUGGAACCAAGGACUGCUGGGGCCUGCAGCCUUGACCUUUUGUCUUCCAACCUUUUCUUCUUAGUGCCCUGCUCCUAGGCUUCCCUCUCUUCUGGUUCCUGUCCUGGGUGAUCUAUUCCCAGGCCCCUCUGGCCUUGGCUUUGUAUUUGGGUUUUUCACGCUUUUGUAGAACUGAGGUUUCAAUAAAAGGUUCAGUUGCA